GGAGAUUUCUUGGCAGGAAAUCAGCUGAUGUUCCCCUUCGGCAUGAAGAGAUGGCCAUCGUCGUAGCCCUCCAGAUUUGGCCCUAAAUAUGGGUACCCCCGGAUUCUCACAAAGGCUCGUCCCGCUGAAUUUAAACGCGCCGGUAUUGGCACUAGGUAACCGGUAUAUCUUAGGUUAGGUAUAUAGUAGACUUUACUUACAAUGACUAUUAACGGCGUAAAUAACGAGCCAAUCAAGGUCAUCGUCAUCGGCGCCGGUCUAGGCGGAUGCGCCAGCGCGCUCGCCCUCAAGCACCACGGGCACGACGUGAUCGUGUACGAAAAACUCAAGGCUUUCCGCCGAUUGGGGGACUCGCUCGGCCUCGGCGAGAAUGCGCUCAAGCUGCUCGAGCGCUGGGGCGGGAAGCCGCUCUACCGCAAGCUGACCGGCAUCGGCAACCAGGCGCCCGACAUGCAGAUCCGGCGGUGGCACGACGGCAAGGUCCUCGCGCAGCAGCCACUGAUGGACAUGGCGGGGUACAUCGGCCACCGCGGGGACUACCACGAGGCGUUUAUCCAGGCCGUGGAGGACGCCGGCAUCGCGAUUCGCAUGGGCCGCGAGGUCGUCGCGUACGACGAGUCGAAGCCGGGCGUGAGGUUUGCGGACGGCGCGGAGGAUACGGCGGACCUCGUCGUCGGCGCCGACGGUAUCAAGUCCCGCGCGCGGGAACUGGUGCUGGGAUUCGAAGAUGCGCCGAAGAGCAGCGGGUAUUCUUGCUAUCGGGCUUAUUUUCCCGGGAAGCACUUGCGGGAAGAUCCCCUGUGUCGCGAAUUUGUAGAUCACGACUGUGUCAACAUUUGGAUCGGCAAAGAUACGCAUCUAGUUCAGAACACUCUCCGGAACGGUGACGAGUUCAACUGGAUCGUAACCCGCAAACUAUCCCACGAAGCCGACAUGGUGAUCAAGGAGUCGUGGUUCCAGGAGGGAGACAUGGACGAGGUCAAGAAGUCGCUGCAAGAUUUAGACCCGCGGAUACGCGCUGCCGUCGAGAAGACGGAAUCCUGUUUAGAUUGGAAAAUCUGCUAUAGGGAUCCUCUCCCCACGUGGGUGUCCAAGAGCCACAAAAUCGCAUUGCUAGGCGACAGCUGCCACGCACACCUACCGACAAGCGCGCAGGGUGCGAGCCAAGCGACAGAAAGCGCUGCCGUACUCGCCGUCUGCCUAAAACUAGCCGGGAAGAGCAACAUUCCGUUAGCAACGAGAUGUUACGAGAAGCUGCGGUUCGCAAGGACCAGGGCGAGCCAGACGAACGGGGAAGACCUGCGGGACCGCUGGCACAACGCGCUCAAGGACGUGGAGGAGGGCGUCGAGAUCGACCCGGAGAGCGUCAAGAUGCGGAAUAGGUGGUUAUACGCGUUUGACGCCGAGGCGGACACGUUCGAGCGCUGGGACGAAGUCUCGUCGCGGGUUGCGAAGGAAUUAGAGACUGGGGAGAUUGCGCCGCUAUGCUAGCGUCAGGUAGUAGGGGUCGUCGUGAGUACAUAGGGAUUUAAUAGGUGUGUGUUAUAUAUAUUUCUAAU